CCACUCGGGCGGACCGCGGGCGCCAGCGCGGCGCCGCCGGGACCGAAGGCGCGGCCAGCCGGCGCGGGGCGGGCCGGAGCGCAGCGCGGGCGCCCGGGCGGGGUCCAGGCUGAGCAGGCGCCUCGGCCCGCUGGUCCCUGCAGCGGCUGCCUGGGCGGCCCGGGCGCGCGGCCCUUCGCCAUGUACACCUUCGUGGUGCGCGACGAGAACAGCAGUGUCUACGCCGAGGUCUCCCGGCUGCUUCUCGCCACCGGCCACUGGAAGAGGCUGAGGCGAGACAAUCCCAGGUUUAACCUGAUGCUGGGAGAGAGGAACCGGCUGCCCUUCGGGAGACUGGGUCACGAGCCCGGGCUGGCGCAGUUGGUGAAUUACUACAGGGGGGCUGACAAACUGUGCCGCAAAGCUUCCUUAGUGAAGCUAAUCAAGACAAGCCCAGAACUGGCUGAGUGCUGCACAUGGUUUCCUGAGUCUUAUGUGAUUUAUCCAACUAAUCUCAAGACUCCAGUUGCUCCAGCGCAGAAUGGAAUCCAGCCACCGAUCAAUAACUCAAGGACAGAUGAAAGAGAAUUCUUCCUGGCUUCUUAUAACAGAAAGAAAGAGGAUGGAGAGGGCAACGUCUGGAUCGCAAAGUCAUCAGCUGGUGCCAAAGGUGAAGGCAUUCUCAUCUCCUCAGAGGCCUCAGAGCUUCUCGAUUUCAUAGACAACCAGGGCCAAGUGCACGUGAUCCAGAAAUAUCUUGAACGCCCUCUGCUUCUGGAACCGGGUCAUCGUAAAUUUGACAUUCGAAGCUGGGUCUUGGUGGAUCAUCAGUAUAAUAUCUACCUCUAUAGAGAGGGUGUGCUUCGGACUGCUUCAGAACCAUAUCAUGUUGAUAAUUUCCAAGACAAAACCUGCCAUUUGACCAAUCACUGCAUUCAAAAGGAGUACUCAAAGAACUAUGGGAAAUAUGAAGAAGGGAAUGAAAUGUUCUUCGAGGAAUUUAAUCAGUACCUAACAAGUGCUUUGAACAUUACCCUAGAGAGUAGUAUCUUACUACAAAUCAAACAUAUAAUAAGGAGCUGCCUCCUGAGCGUGGAGCCUGCCAUCAGCACCAAGCACCUCCCUUACCAGAGCUUCCAGCUCUUCGGCUUCGACUUCAUGGUGGAUGAGGAGCUAAAGGUCUGGCUCAUUGAAGUCAACGGCGCCCCUGCUUGUGCUCAGAAGCUUUAUGCAGAACUGUGCCAGGGCAUCGUGGACAUAGCCAUAUCCAGUGUCUUCCCACCCCCAGAUGUGGAACCGCCGCAGGCCCCACCAGCCGCCUUCAUCAAACUGUGACAGAGGGGUGCUCAGAGCUGCCUUGGAAAAAGCCCAGGGUCCUGCUCCGGGGGACAGUGAAGUGACUGGAUCGCUCGUUAUCAAGCCAAAGCGAGGGGGAAGAAAGGCAACUCGCAAAGAUGGGACGGAACAGAGCGUGUGAGCAGAGGAGGUGACUCCCGGAAAGCGGGGUGCUCGGGGAGUGACCCAGGUGGAGCUCUCAACAAUGCUGCUGAGACUUCUGAAAACUGAAGAAAAUGUCUCUGAGGGGAGAGCAACAUAUUCUUCUAAGGGGAAAAAACCAGGGAUUUGGUUAUUUUAUGUUCUCAUCCCUUAAAACAACCUAGGUACCCAAAGGCAGCCUUGGGAGCAAAACCCCCUCCCCACUCCCUGGGGAUCGCAGGCCGCCAGGACCUCUGGUCGGUGCCCCCACCUGCUACAGCCCUAGUGCCUUAGCUCCGUGCCCGCCGCAGCCCCGCUGUUCUGGGACAUGGAGUGGACAUCAGAGCAUCUUGGAGGUUGCCCGUGUGUUCCCCACUCGUCCUUCACGACAGUCUGCCCCCUAAACUCUGGACAAGCAUGCACCAACAGUCCUUAGUUUCGUGCUGCGCACCAGCCUCUCGGCAAAGGCGGUUUUCCUCCUCACCUUCCUGAUGGCGUGUGGUCAGUCGCCUGUCAGGGUUCGUGUGGGUCAGGCCCCAAUAUGGCAAACUGCUGCUCUAGGUCUGCUCUCUGCAUGUUUUAGAAACAAGAGUGGCAAGUCUGCCCUGAACCUGUAAGCAUCAAAUAGCAUGAGAGAGAAAAAAAAACCAUAUCUUGCUUUACUUAAAUAGGUUGGGUGUGGUGGGUCUUUGAAAAUAUGAUGAUUCUCAAUUAUCUUUGUUUUAACCAGAAUUCUAAAUGCAGCUUUGCGAAUUUCCCUUGACUUUUUUUUUUUUUUUUAAUUUUGUAGAAAACUUUUCUGGGAGUCAGGAGAAAGGAGAAUUCCAAUCUCCAUUCCCUAGCCCCUUCAAGUGGCCCUGCCCCAGACACAGGUAGCUUGCCCCCUUUUUGUUCUCCUUGUGCUCCAAGCACCUUCUGCAGGAGUGGAGGGGCAGGUUUUGUUCCAGGAAGGGUUCUGUGCCUGCCUGUACCUGCAGGUGUCAGGAGAGUGUAUGUAUGUCGUGCCUACAUGGAAGAGUCUUCUAAAAUGGGAGAGAAGUGGUUUUGGAGUUCCAUGCAGUGUCUUGUGAGUCCCAACAAACGUGUACUGUGCCAUGUGGCUUCCAUGUACUGGAUGGACUAAUAUACUUUGUAGGCUUUUCAGGAGACCACCUUACUAGUAAUGGGAAGAACAAGAUGUCAUUUGUGUUUGAUGCAAACUGAGUAAACAGGUCCUUCUUAUAGUCUCCCGGAAAUCACAGCAGACCCGUUGACAACUGCACUCCAUCCCAGAACAUGGUGAUUCUUUCUCUGUGCAUAUGUGUGCUCCAUUAUUCGUUUCUCCUUGGCACUAGAAAACAUCUCUGCAGUCAGGUGAGACUUUCACAAAAAAGAAGGAAAAGCAAUACUUCCUUGAACAUGAUGAUAAUGUGAGAGCUUACAGUGAGGAGAGGGGUAAUGAUAGACAUUAUUUAAUGGGUGCAGCAAUGGGUGAUAGGAUGUGAGGGUGUUGCCUUGGGGUUAAGUGGAGAAGGACCCAACUAGGUUGGUUCUCAUGGGAAUUUGGAAUUACAAAAUAAAAGUCCUGGUGGUUGCCCAGAAUACGGAUUUUUAAAAGUUUACAUCUAGAGCAAAAUAAAACAGUCAUUGGUAAUUGUGAAUCCUGGAGGCCCAACACAGUUGAUGGGUUAGUGUUUUGAAACUUCUGAGAAGGGAAUGAGGUCUGAUCAGAUCAUGGGAAGAUGCGUGCCCAUUUAGAAAGUGUGGGGUACUGGGUCCUUGGCAAGGCUGAGUGGGCUGGCAACGGGAAAGCAUGGACUUCUUUGUAAUGGCGUCACAUGCUAACACAGAUUUGUAAUCAUCUUUUGGACCCAAAUUACAGGGACAUUCAAAAGUUUUCUAACCUUUAUAGUGACAGAGCUAAGGAUCCAGAUGUUAGGAAGCCUAUGAAUCUUGAUGGAUUUCCUAAGAAACCUGAAUCAAUAGCAUAUAUGUGAGGGAGUAAGACUUUAGAAAAAAACAAAAAGUUACACUUCAUUCCUCAUGGGACUUCAAAUAACUAUUUUUUACACAUAUUUCUUAUUUAAAAUAUUUUUGUUUAUUUUUUAAUUUUAUUUCUUUUUAUUUAUUUCUUUUUUCCUUUUAAAGAUGAGUUCUUGCUUUGUCACCCAGGCUGAAGUAUAGUGACUAUUCACAGCUGAGAUCAUAAUUCACUGCAGCCUUGAACUCCUGGGCUCAAGUGAUCCUCCAACCUCAGCCUCCCCAGUAGCUGGGACUAUAGGCAUGAGCCACUGCACCUGGCUUUACACAUUUAUUUCUGAUUAGGUGGGAUGGUUGGCUCAGAACUCUUCUAUACCUUCCUAUGGUGUCCUUGGCACAGAUGGCCAUGCCUGGCUCCCUGUCAGGCUUCACACUUUCAGUGGAAGCAUGGAAGUGCUGCCAGCUGCUGGAGAAGGAGGCAUUAUUUAUUUGGAAAUGCUAAUUCCAAUCUCGGCUCUGUCAUUCGACUGCACAGUAGCAGAUGAACUCGUUAACCUCUCUGUGCCUUAGUUUCUUAGCUCAUGGAAGAGAUCAUUGCCUGACCCGGGGACUACCUCAGGGGCUUUUACUGAGGGUAAAUGAGAGUGAGUGCUCCUGUAUUAGUUCUAGGAAGAAGACAAAAACGAAAGACCAAAAGAAAAGAGAAGACUCAAGAGCCUUUAAUACCAAGAUUCUCAAUACUGACUACAUGCUGGAAUCACUUGUGAAGCUUUUAAAAAAUGCUGCCCAUACUUUUCCCCUCUCCCCACCACUGGCCAGUUAAAUCAGGACCUCAGACAGCAAUCUGUCUUAAGAUGCCUUGAACCAUAGCUUGAGAAAGAAUGAAAAACACAUUAUUACCUUGGAAGAACUGCAUACAGCUUAUGGCUUUUAAAAAAUCCUUUUUGGAAACACAGUCAUUUUGUUAAGAAUCACCAGAUGUUGACAUAUAUAUUCGUGGAACAAGCAAGUGUGAUCUAGGCAGGUUCUCUAUUUGCUUCUCAUCCCAGCAUUUGGCAACCCCAACAUGCUUUCAUUUACAUAAACAGUUUAUGAAGCUUUGACAACAAAUGUAAACAGAUAUGAAAUUAUAAAUCUGCUAAAAAUGUAUUAAGUUUAUUAAUCAAUUAUUGAGAGAAAAGCCCCUUCCCUCAUUCCUAUGGCAAUUAUAAAUCCGUUUUACCAAGAACAUUUAAGUGCCUCAGUGUUGUCUGAUUUAGUGGAGCAGGUGCUGGCGAACUUACCAGCUGACACCAUGUUUCACUAGCUCUUCAGGAUGGUUACUAUUAUAUACACACAUGGAACAUCUGGGAGUGCCGGAAAUGCACUGGGAUCGACAGAACCAGCAGGUGGCAGUGAAGCUACGAAGCAUGUUUCAUUAGCAGUUGAGGUUGUGUCAAGCUGGGGCGAUCCAGACCUGUAGUGGGUGUGGUGAGGGGCUCUACUAGCAAAAACAGGGCGCCAGAGUGGGUUCUGUGUAGCAUGUGGGUGCUGUAGAGAAAAUUCAGUGAUAUACAUGUCUCUGAUCCUGGAUACAGAAUCUGUACUGAAGAGGAAAUGACUUCUGAAAUACAGCAAUUUUAUGAAUGUUUAAUAUGCCUGGAGCAUUAAAGUAAAGUAAUGAUAUUUCAA